AUGGCGUUGCCAGUGUUCCUGCUGUCACUGGCCGUGUUGGAUGUGACCAUCAGCUGGGUGUUGAGUGGGGCGCUGCGGCAGUAUUGGAUGGGGCCGCUGUUGCAGCUUUGGCUGUGGGGAGUGAUGCGUCUGGCUGCGCUGUCCGUCUGCCUGCGGCCGCUGCCUGGCACUGGCCGCGGGCUCCACACACACCGAGCUCCUGCACGCCCCCUCACCACCCGCCUGCUCCUCACCUACCUGGCCACUGCCCUGGGGCUGGUGGUGGCCCACCGCUUCCUGCCCCAGACGGAGGCUCAGACACCGGGCCAGACACCUGCCACAGCCUCCAUCUCCAGACUGCUGUCCUGUCUGCGGCCAGAUCUCAGACGGUUCCUCCUCGUGGCCGUCUUCGUGGUCCUGUCCUCGGCUGGAGAGAUGGCCGUGCCCUACUAUUCGGGCCGGCUCACCGACAGGGUGAAGAGUGGGGAAGGGGAGACGGCCUUCACCAGCACCAUACUCACCAUGGCCGCCUUCAGCAUUGGAAGCGCUGUUAUGGAGUUUAUCUGCGACCAGACCUACAACACCACAAUGACUGGGAUUCACACCCGCAUUCAGGGCUCCGUCUUCAGAUCUGUGCUACGCCAGGAUAUCAAAUUUUUCGACACUGUCCACACAGGUGAGAUCACGUCUCGUGUCACCACGGACACCAACACGAUGAGUGAGUCGCUGACGGAGCAGCUUAGGCUGUUGAUGUGGUACCUGUCCUGGGCCGUGUGUUUGCUGCUCUUUAUGUUCAGUCAGUCCUUCCGCCUCUCCCUCUGCACCCUCGUAUUCAUCCCCUUCAUCAUCAGCCUUCCGGAGUUUGUUGCACAGUUCUACCAGGGCCUGACGGCAGAGGUACAGACAUCUCUGGCCAAGGCGAACGACGUUGCGACAGAGACGUUGUCGGCCAUGCGGACGGUGCGCAGCUUCGCCAACGAGGCGGGCGAGUGCGAGCGGUACAAGCAGCGGCUGGAGGACACGUACCGCCUCAACAAGAAGGAGGCCGUGCUCUACGCCAUCUACAUGUGGACCAGCAGCCUGUCUGGGCUACUGCUGAAGGUGUGUGUGCUGUGCUACGGGGGGCUUCUGGUGGCCGAGGGCAACGUCACAAGCGGGGGUCUCGUCUCGUUCAUCCUGUACCAGAUGCAGUUCACCUCCGCCGUCGAGGCCCUGCUCCGUUUCUACCCUCAAGUGAAGAAGGCAGUGGGUGCCUCGGAGAAGGUGUUUGAGUACAUGGAUCUCCAGCCUGCCCUGGCCCUUCAGGGAACUCUGGCCCCAGCGACACUGGGUGCUCACAUCCAGUUCCACAACGUCACCUUCGCCUACCCCAACCAACCUGACGUUGCCGUGCUGAAGGACGUGUCGUUCGAGGUGCGGGCCGGGGAGGUGACGGCCCUGGUGGGACCCUCGGGAGGGGGGAAGACCACCUGCGUCAGCCUCCUGCAACGUUUCUACGAGCCUCAGUCCGGCCGCAUCCUGCUGGACGGGCGGCCCAUCCAGGAGUACGACCACAAGUACUACCACAGCAAGGUGGUGCUGGUGAGCCAGGAACCAGAGCUGUUCGAUCGCCCCGUGGAAGACAACAUCGCGUACAGUGUGGGGGCCGUCUCCAGCCCGGACAUCGAACAGGCAGCGCGGAGUGCCGCUGCCGACAGAUUCAUCAUGGAGCUCAAGGACGGAUACAACACCGGCAUUGGUGAGAAGGGGGGGGGUCUGUCGGGGGGGCAGAAGCAGCGAGUGGCCAUCGCCCGAGCCCUGAUCCGGCACCCAAGGGUGCUGAUCCUGGACGAUCCGACAAGCAGCCUGGAUAAUGGGACCGCACAUCUGGUCCACGAGUCGGUGUUUGCCCGGGACCGGAACCGCGCCGUUCUGGUGAUCACGCACCGGCAGAGUACGAUGGAGUGGGCGGACCGCGUGGUGGUGCUGGAGAAGGGUGCGGUGGUGGAGCAGGGGCCGCGCCUGGAGCUGGAGGCGCGGGGUGACAGAUACCACCGGCUGUUGCACGCACAGGGCACGGACGGCGGCCUGCCGGCGGCUGCCGCGACCGACAAUUGACCGGGGACCGCGACCAUCAACCGGGGCUACCAGUGACAUCAGCGGGUGUGAUCAGUGAUAUGGGGUGGGGGGGGGGACUGGCGUUAGCGGGAGUCGUGACUGACUACACAUGAGGGGACUAGGGUCAGAGCGCGGGAAUCUGGUGGGUUUGUUGUACAGUGUGUGG